AUGAUUGUCCUGGAAACCAAACUGGAGGAUAAUUGUGUCUUCCUGCUACCCUGUUGGAUGUCUUUCUCCUCACCCUCCAAAGAGGAGCUCACUGAUGCUGGGCACACGUCCCAGAGGCUAGGGGCACCCCAUCUUCACAGAUGUGCAGAGCAAGGGGUGCAGAUUCCUCUCAUCCUAGCUCAGUGCGGCUUGGAAGUGGAGGGCCAAAGCAGUGGUCCUGUCCACGUGAGUGGCACAGCCUUUGCCCACAGCCCCACCCUGUUGCCCAGCUCCCUGUCCUCCCAGUGCCCAGGCAGCAAGGAGGCCACUGGUGCAAGCCAAGGGUCCUUGUGCCCCUCUUCACUCUCAGCACCCACACCCACAGAGCUGCGCCUGAACGGGAACCUUUUGCACCGGCUUCCCAGCGAGAUCAGCUACCUGCAGCAUCUCAAGAUCAUUGACCUAUCCCGGAACCAGUUCCAAGAUUUCCCCGAACAGCUCACUACGCUGCCUGCACUGGAGACCAUCAAUCUGGAGGAGAACGAGAUUGUGGAUGUGCCCGUGGAGAGACUGGCUGACAUGGCCACCCUGCGUUGUGUCAACCUUCGCUUCAAUCCUCUGAGCGCCAACGUGCGUGUCAUUGCACCACCCCUCAUCAAGUUUGACCUGCUCAUGACUCCUGAGGGUGCCCAGGCCCCCCCACCCUAGGCACCCCUCUUAAGGUUGCCCAGCUAGGAAUAGAGAGAAAGAUCCUGGCACCCAUGGGAAGGGAACUGCAAAUGCCCAUGGUAGGCCUAGCUUAGGGGUUUGUGGGGGUGAUGGGCUAGCUUAGAUGGACUUGGCAUGGGCUGGCUUAGAGCACAGGUGGAACCCUGAGUUCCCAGGGGAAGGAGCCCCAUCUAGGCACUCACAGCUUCUGUGUGAACUUGACCAUCACCACCCACUCUCUCUGAGCCUUGUGUGAGGGAA